GGGCCUGGGCGUAGCAAUGUGAAAUAUCUAAGCAUCAGUGCCAGCCGGGUUAACUGUUUAAGUCAAGGCGGACAGGGGAUUGCUAGUAAAGGUAUUCGAAUUAUCAAGCCUCUGGCACCGGGGCCGCAUUCCGGAGAUAUGGGAGAUCAGAAGGAGACUCUGAGAAAGAUUUCCACCACCCUGGCACUGAAGAAUGAGGAGAUCCAGAACUUCAUCUGUUGCCUGAAACAGGGCCUGGAAAAUCUAGAGUCCAAUUCUAGCCGGGUGCAGGAGGACCUCGAGUCGGAGUUCAGCUCCCUGUAUGCAGUAUUGGAUGAGCAAAAGGAGAGCAUGGUGACCAGUAUCAAGCGGGAGAGGGCCAGCCGUAUCUACGAGCUGCAGAGUCAGCUGACGGCCUGCACCAAAGCUCUGGAGAGCUCAGAGGAGCUGCUUGAGCUGGCCAAUCAGGCGCUGUGCUCUUCCGAGACCGAUGGCUUCAACCAGGCGGCCAAAGAGAUUAAGGAUAGUGUCACGAUGGCCCCUGCCUUCCGCCUGUCCCUAAAGGCCAAGGUCAGCGACAAUAUGAGUCACAUGAUGGUCGACUUUAAUCAAGAGAGGAGAACGCUGCAGGCACUGAAAUUCCUGCCAGUCCCCGGCACGCCGCAGAUCCUGGUGUCCGAAUGCAGGGUGUGUGACAACACGGUGACCGUGAUGUGGGAGCUUCCGGAGUAUGACGACAAAAUCGAGCACUACACCCUGGAGUACCGGCGCACCAACCACGAGGGCCCGCCCCGUGCGAGGGAGGACCACCCCUGGAUGGUCGUGGAAGACAUCCGUCAAACGGAACACACACUCACAGGCCUCCGCUUUGAGACCCAGUACAUCACUUUCCGUGUGAAAGCAUGCAACAAGGCAGUGGCUGGGGAGUUCUCAGAGCCGGUGAACCUGGAAACGCACGCUUUCAACUUCAAGCUGGACGCUGCUUCGGCCCAUCAGAACCUGCGUGUGGAGGACCAGUCCGUGGAGUGGGACAGCAGCGGGGGGAAGGUGCAGGACAUCCGCAAAGACAAGAACCGAACCAACUCACCCAUGCAUUCCCCAGCGAGGACCACGAUGUCACCGAAGAAGCUCCCCACGGCACGGGGGGGCCGGGACCGAUUCACAGCGGAGUCCUACACCGUGCUGGCUGACACUGCAAUCGACGCGGGUCAACAGUACUGGGAGGUGUGGUUCGACCGGGAAAGCAAGGCGCUGGCGGUGGGCGUGGCCCUCCGCUCAAUGGGCCGAUUUGACCAGCUGGGCAAGACCGCAGCCUCCUGGUGUCUCCAUCUCAACAACUGGCUCCAGCAGAGCUUCACCGCCAAGCACAACAACAAGGCCAGAACCCUGGACUGUCCGGUGCCGGACCGCAUUGGCGUCUUCUGCGCUUAUGAGGAGGGGGUGCUGUCCUUCUACAAUGCCAGAACCAAGCAGCUGCUCCACACCUUCAGGACCAAGUUCCCACAGCCUGUGGUGCCGGCCUUCAUGGUGUGGAAUGGGAGCUUCACAGUGCAGAUGGGCCUACAGGUGCCCACCAUGGUGCAAAGUGGGCAGAAGAGGAACAGCGCCACCAGUAGCUCCAGUGCCAGCCUUGGCUAGCCCACGGCCACCAGCUGAGCAGAGCCCCAUCCUUAUCUGGGUCAGGUUGGGUUUAGGGUACGCACACCCACCCUGGCAGGCUGAACUGAGCUUUGUCCAAAUCUCCCAUGAUCACUCUCCCGAAGAGCCAGAGAAACAUGGUGCCAUGCCCCCCCCCCCCCCCCCCCCCCCAGUAGAAACUCCACCCCUUCCCGUCUUGUGCAGACUUCCUGUGCCUUUCAGUGUCGUCGAAUCAUCUCUCAGGCGGGUCGUGCUCCUGCCACGUCAUGGUGUUACGUCUGACUCUGUGGAGAUGCCACCCUUUACCUCUAGACCCACACCCGGCUCACUAGGACGUUCCCUGGUUACCGCAACCCCUACAUGUCUAAACUCACUCUUUAGCCAGCCAGCGCACUGCAAAGCUUCAGCAGAAAUAACUCCUUAAUUCCAGCACUGGGCACAAGUGUACUUUAAGCCGACGCAGCAGGAUGCCGCUGCUCCUCCAAGCUUCACUAAGAACUUCUGCAGCAGUCGGUGAAGCAGACUAGACCAGCUGGGAUCUCUUGUCAGCACUGGGGUGGGAAUAUGUUGCACUGUACUAUGUAUGUGUGCUGGUUAGUAUAACUGUACUAUAUAAAACACACUGGUAUGGGGGGGGGGGGGGGGGGGCAGUGUAUUAGAAUGCAUUUGUUCCAAAUUUGAUUAAACAAAAAAAAUAGGAAUUUGUAUUUUAGUCUUGGAGUGAGAAUUUAGGCUCAGAACAAACUGUUAAAAUGUUAGUCGAAAUUUGAGUCAACCACAGUCAGAAAAAAAGUACCAGUUUGUAGGUAAUUUGUCACUGGGGCUGUACCUUCAAGGGUCUGCUAAUUGUUCCAUAGCUGUAGGUAAAUGUACCUUUUAAGACACAGGAAUGGACUGUUUGUACCACUGGGGAACAGAACUGUAUACCUUUUACCUGACUGCAUGUUCUCGGUCCAAUUUCUAUAGUCAGAAAGCCAUUUUUCUAAACCAUUCCCAAGUUUUACUUGAAUAUUAUUCACUAGUUUCAGUUAAUGUGAAUUGGACUGAAUUACAUACCGGUAAAGGUGAUGGUACCGAUUCUGAUCCACAGCGCUGUAAGCCUCAGCUGUCCGGAAAACCUGUUUGAAAUGUACUGGAAGAAUCUCCUGGACUUGAGGUUUUUGCACUGUCUGCUUUUAUCAAUAAAGUAAACGAGAAUGGUGCUGCCUGGCCGUCUUGCAGAUAGAAUGGGAACAAGUGAGCGUUUCGUACUGCCUACUGGUGCACAAAUGUGUUAUUAAAGGAAACAGUCAGAGGAGACUGUUUAGGGAGCAGAAAUGUAAUCUCACGUUUAAUUCUUGGGGGGCUGGGAGGGUGAUGUCACCGACAUGGUGUAAAAUGAAAGGGUGGGUGGCUUUGGAUGCAUUUUCUUUGCAUUACUGCAAAUUACUGUCCCUGGCUGCUAUGUGACGGAUGUAUUCUAGGGCAGGGAUGAUACUCCAGCCCACGGCUGGCUUAAACGUAUACCGAAUGACUCAGAGGGAACACAGACACACACAGACACAGACACACACACACACACAUAUACAUUCUUAGUGAGGAUCAGUCUACUGAAUGCAUCCUUUAAUUCACAGUACAUACAACAUCAACAGGCUUCCCUGCUAAGGCUGUAGGGAGCCUCACGCAGAGAGACAGAAUAACACUGGGGAGAGACGUCACAUAAUCCUACGAGCCUUUGAAAUGAUCUGUACCAUUUAAUGUGCAAAAUAAAAAAGAAUACACCACUC